ACAAAAAAUGUCCAAAGUCAAAGUAUCAAUCGAAGGAUCCCAAGAAACUCUCUGGAAGAUAUUCCACGCAGAAGUCAACGAGAUGAUUGUCACGAAGAACGGCCGAAAGUUGUUCCCAAAGUUGGAAUAUAUAGUCGAAGGGCUUGAUGAAAACAAGCUGUAUGCAAUAAUGCUCCAAUUACAACCAGUUGGAGAAAGUCGAUUCAAGUUCAGCGGUGGAAAGUGGCAGGAAACGGGCAAAGCUGAGAAGCAGGUCGACGCGAAGAAGAUGUGGCAUGCUGAUGGAGUUCGGAAGGGAAGUGACUGGAUGUGGAGUUCGAUUUGCUUUGAUCGUGUGAAAAUCUCCAACUAUUCAGAGUCCAACAACGCUUCAAUGAUUUACCUCAACAGCAUGCACAAGUACAUUCCAGUGCUGACAAUCUACGAGUCUCCAUCGGAGAGCCCUUUCUGCGUCCCACAAUCCUCAAACCAAAUCGUCGCCACCGCCAAAUUCCCUCAUACCGAGUUUAUUGCAGUAACGGCUUACCAGAACCAAAAAAUCACCGACUUGAAAAUCAAGCACAACAGUUUUGCCAAAGGUUUCCGUGACGGGAACUUGAGUCGCAAGAGAAGAUCACCAUCAUAUUCCGACGGCAGCAACUCACAGUCCCCAUCGCCAAAAUCCAGAUCACCACCGGAGGUCGCACCUCUUCAGUCGAUGCCUCCAAUCAACCCAUUUCUUUUUUAUUUUCCCCAUAUGUUAUCUGAAAAUCUUCCAGUCCAAUUUCCAUUCGCUUUUCCAUUUCUCUCGCCUCUCCCGUCGACUCCUUCCAGCUCGAGCAGUGAGCUGAGCAUUGUGAAGGAGGAGGAUCAGGAGGUAGAAGAAGAUAUUGAUAUUGUUGGUUGAUAAUUUUUAUGCAAACUGGUCGCUUUUGAUAUCAUGUAAUCAAAAUUUUUAAUAUAUAA